AUGCGCUCAAUGCUCACUCUUCGAGCCGUUGCUCGUCUAGCUCUGCAGCCACCUCGCGUGCUGAUGACCAAGAGAAAUCAAUUGAAGGCAUUUUCAACUUCAGUCAAAGCCUAUUCAAGCGUCGCUUCACAAUUAUCUGAAUGUUUGAAUGAGGAAAUUCGCGCUGAGAAGGAACUUGAGUCACAAAACUUGCAACAAGCUUCUUUUCCUGGGUUCAAGAUUACUACGACGGAUGCAGAAGUGCGCUUGACCAAGAAGCAUAACAAUGAAGAUAUUUUGGUUGUGUUCAACGUCAAUCAUUCUGUUGAUAUGGGUGAAGACUUCGAAUCGGAGUCUUCUGAGGCACCACCUGUACCUGUCGCUCUUCCUCCGUUUACUGUAGAAAUUACGAAAGGAAACGAACGACUGUGCUUCCAUUUAGAACUCUGCGAAGGCGAGAAUGGUCAAUAUGACUUCCGUGUGGAGGAGUUCUACGUUGCUCCGUCUGCAAAAGGCACCGAAGAGGAAGAUGUCGCUAGCACGGUUUAUGCCUCAAGUGGACGAUACAUUGAUUCGAAUCUCCACGACUUGCUUUUUGUUCGUUAUCUUGAGGAACGCGGCCUCGAUGCUCAAUUCUGCAAAACGCUUGUUCAAUAUGCUACUCAUUACGAACAUGCUCAAUACGUUACCUUGCUUCACAAGAUUAAAGCUUUCGUUGCAAAC